AUGAAAGAUGAGGAAGGCUUUUUUUACCCACACAAUCUUGAUUUUCGUGGCCGUGCAUACCCUAUGCACCCAUAUUUGAACCAUCUUGGGUCUGAUCUGUGCCGAGGCAUUCUGGAAUUUGCAGAGGGCCGUUCUCUUGGCAAAUCAGGCUUAAGCUGGCUGAAAAUACAUAUAGCAAAUCUAUAUGCUGGUGGUGUGGACAAGUUAUCCUACAAUGGGCGAAUAGAAUUUACCGAGAAACAUUUGGAUGACAUCUUUGAUUCUGCAGACAGGCCCCUUGAAGGAAGGCGCUGGUGGCUGGGUGCAGAGGAUCCUUUUCAAUGCUUGGCAGUAUGUAUUAAUCUUGCCGAAGCAUUGAGAAGCUCCUCUCCAGAAACUACCAUAUCCCAUAUGCCUAUCCAUCAGGAUGGUUCGUGUAAUGGCUUGCAACACUAUGCUGCCCUUGGAAGGGACAAGUUAGGAGCUGCUGCAGUCAAUCUUGUUGCAGGAGAGAAGCCUGCUGACNAUUUAGGAGCUGCUGCAGUCAAUCUUGUUGCAGGAGAGAAGCCUGCUGACGUUUAUUCGGGAAUUGCUGCUAGAGUUCUUGAUAUCAUGCAGAGAGAUGCAGCAAAAGAUCCGGCAACUGAUCGGGAUGCAGUGCUUGCCAGGCUGUUAGUCAACCAGGUGGAUAGGAAAUUGGUCAAGCAAACAGUCAUGACAUCAGUGUAUGGUGUCACUUAUAUUGGUGCCCGAGACCAAAUCAAGAGGAGGUUAAAGGAACGUUGUUCCAUUGAAGAUGAUGCAGAGUUGUUUGCUGCAUCUUGUUAUGCAGCAAAAACCACCUUGACUGCUUUAGGAGAGAUGUUUGAAGCUGCACGAAGUAUUAUGAGUUGGCUUGGUGACUGUGCAAAGAUUAUCGCUAUGGAGAAUCAGCCAGUACGUUGGACAACUCCUCUUGGGCUCCCUGUUGUUCAACCUUACCGUAAAUUAGGAAGACAUCUUAUUAAGACUUCUCUUCAGAUUUUAACACUACAACGAGAAACUAACAAGGUCAUGGUUAAGCGGCAGAGAACAGCUUUCCCUCCAAAUUUUGUUCACUCCCUUGAUGGUUCUCAUAUGAUGAUGACUGCCAUUGCCUGCAAAGAGGCGGGCUUGAAUUUUGCUGGAGUGCAUGAUUCAUAUUGGACACAUGCAUGUGAUGUUGACCAAAUGAACAGGAUCCUCAGAGAAAAGUUUGUUGCGCUCUACGAGGCACCAAUCCUGGAGAAUUUGCUGGAGAGUUUUCAGACGGCCUUCCCUACAUUAAAUUUCCCUCCUUUACCAGAGCGGGGAGACUUCGACUUAAGGGAGGUUUUGGAAUCUCCAUAUUUUUUCAAUUAGAAGAAUGAGAUGCUUGAUUUUGGAACUGUGCAGUGCUGACUCCGGUGGUAUCUUGAACUGUGUCAUUGAGUGACCAAGUGGUGGCACCUUUAUAUUCUUGGAUUCAUGGCCAUGGCAAUGAAGGUGGCAAGCACCCCACUUUUGUCCGGAAUAAGUGGAAGAAGUAAAAUAGAGAACAUAAUGGUAAGGAGCUUCCUUCGCGCCCACAAUCCAUGGAUCUACAAUUGUACAUAUGUCAGAAAUGCCCUCUUCAUGCUUCACGAUUGACUUGGCGUACUGCUUUAGGCACUAUGUCAUGGUCAACAGGGUUUCAGUUGACAUGCUGGUGCAAUCUGCAGUUAUAGUUGGAAGAGUAGCUGCAAUUGGGGUGUAAAUAGAGGAAAUUUCUAAAGCUUCAGCGAUUUAGUAGGAAUAUUCGAUUGAUGAAUUGAUUCAACACACAAUGAUGCCAUAUUGGCCUUCAAUUCCAUUACAAAUGACAAGGUAUGAGUCUGAGUUGGUUUUCAAGAAGGUUCAAGGGACAUGGCUAAGGGGAUUGUAGGUUUCAUUCCUUUGUAAGAUCCGAUUUUGUAUCCUUUGAGGUAGGAUAUGUACAUUAGGCUGGUAUUUGUUGCAAGCAGUGGCUCUCUUGUUUUAUGCUCCAAUUUUUUCGAUUAAACAUUUUAUAGAAAUAAGAAAGAAAUAAUUUUUUUGACGAGUCAAAUGAGAAG